ACCAUCACAAGUAGAGAGAAAGAAGAAAAAAAAAAGUUGGACUGAAAGUGCACAUUAAGUAAAGCAAACUGAUGCGCGUAAGAAGGGAUGCCAGCCAGGCGUGGCUUGUGUCUGAAUAUCCAAUGUGAGAAUGCGUGGGGAGCAUGUAUAUAAUAGAGUCUUUCUAUUUGAUAAACACAGAUAUCAAACUCAUGAUUGCAGCAAAGCACCAUCAAUAAACUGAGAGGACUGCGCUGAUUUGGAGGAGCAACGGCGCGCUGCGUGGUACGCUUUUUGGCGUGCAUGGACCGGACUUCUGUGAACUUUUCUCUCCUUCCUGAAUUUACCGAUUACAUCCCAAAAUACCGUCGUUUAAUUUGACAGCUGUGCACACAAUGGCAGAGGUCGUGAGUGUUCUGGGGACGCUCGGCUUGGAUUUACAAAGCACUCUCUCUUCGGUGGGGACUAUGCCCGUAACAGAGUCCCCCAUAGGGCUGAAUGAGCGACUGGGGCAGAUUGAAGGCAGAGUGCAGCGCGGGUCGCCCACAGAUUUCGGCCACCUCAAAGGGAUCUUGAGGCGGCGGCAGCUCUACUGCAGGACCGGCUUCCAGCUAGAGAUAUUCCCCAAUGGCACAGUGCACGGGACAAGACAGGACCACAGCAGGUUUGGUAUCCUGGAGUUCAUAAGUAUAGCAGUAGGUCUGGUGAGCAUCAGAGGGGUGGACGCUGGACUCUACCUCGGCAUGAAUGAGAAAGGAGAGCUCUAUGGGUCGAAGAAGCUGACAAAAGAAUGUGUAUUCAGGGAGCAGUUUGAGGAGAACUGGUACAACACCUAUGCUUCAACUCGGUACAGGCACACGGACACGGGGCGCUUCUACUAUGUGGCUUUAAACAAAGAUGGUUCGCCCAGGGAGGGCGGCAGGACUAAAAAACACCAGAAGCUCACCCACUUCUUACCCAGACCGGUGGAGAUUGAAAAGAUCCCUCAGGAAUUCAGGGAUUUAUUCCAGUACAGGUGACCAGUGCUUACACUGGGAGAGCUGGUUAUUUCUGAAGGAACAGAGAUAAAAGACAAAAAUGAGGGGGCGGGGGAGGGAUAUUGCGGAUAUUUUGGACCUGGUACAGAACUGUUUACCCUCACCCCCCACCUGAGGUUACCACGUUUGCAUCAUCUGCGGCGGACUUCAGAGAGGAGAUAAAACUCUCUUAUAAAACCACUGUUAUCAUGGACAAAGGAGGCCCUCAUGACUGCCCAGCUGUGGCUGAAUCAGGAAAAUCAAAUCAGGUGCCAUGUUUUCUCUAUAAAUGCAUAACAGAGGUUCAUGUGUAGAUACCGAAGAGGCAAAAUGGGAGUGGUCGCUCUUGAUGGUUUUGGCCGGGACAAGGAACAGUCAAUGAGAAGUGACUUUUAGGAGCUAAGGACAUAAAUCCCUGCAUGAUGUCACAGUGUGCACACUGUUAUGGCAACAUUAAAUGUAAAGGAGAGGGAAGGAAAGCACAUUCCACAUAUACAGCAGAGACGUGCAAACUUUGUGCUACAUGUUUGUUAAGCGGUAGUUUGGGAUAUGUGACGAGAUUGUCUUUGAGUUGGCUACGAGCAAGUUUUGUUUCAAAUAAAAGACAAAGGAUGGGAA